GAACUGCUGCUGAGGAGACGGCUGGAGAUGUGGGCCGUGCCAAAGAGAUGGAUGAGACUGUUGCUGAGUUCAUCAGGAGGACCAUCUUGAAAAUCCCCAUGUAUGAAAUGGUGACAAUCCUCAAAGCCUGGGAUUUUUUGUCUGAAAACCAGCUGCAGACUGUGAACUUGCGGCAGAGAAAGGAAUGUCUGGCUCAGGACUUGAUUCUGCUAUGUGAGGAGAAGCGUGCAAGUGCCAGUGAAGUGGCCCUUUUAGACAUCGUGUAUACUCAAGUUCAUCGGCACCAGAAACUUUGGGAUGUUUUUCAGAUGAGUAAAAGAACAGAUGAAGAUGUUGACCUUUUUGAUAUGGAACAAUUCAAAAGUUCAUUUAAGAAGAUUCUUCAGAGAGCAUUAAAAAAUGUGAUGGUCAGCUUCAAAGACACUGAGGAUAAAGCAGUCUGGAUUCGAGUUGCCUGGGGAACACAGAACUCAAAGCCAAACCAGUACAAACCUACUUAUGUGGUGUAUCAUCCCCAGACUCCGUAUGCCUUCAUGUCUUCCUGCAGCCUGAAGAGCACUGUACCCCUUCUGGGUCAGGCACUGAUGGUUGCUAGCAAGCACCAUCAGAUUGUGAAAAUGGACCUGAGAAGCCGACACCUGGACUCUCUCAAGGCUAUUGUUUUUAAACAGUAUAACCAGACGUUUGAAAAUCACAGCUCUACAAUACCUCUACAAGAAAGAAACCUUGGACUAAAUAUAAGUAUGUUGGAUUCCAGGAUCAUUCACGAAAACACAAUAGAAAAAGAGAGAGUCCAAAGAAUAACUCAAGAGACUUUUGGAGACUAUCCUCAACCACAACUAGAAUUUGCACAAUAUAAGCUUGAGACAAAGUUCAAAAGUGACGUCCAUGGGGGCAUCUUGGCUGAGAGGGAAGAGCCCCUGAGGUGCCUGGUGAAGUUCUCCAGCCCACAUCUUCUGGAAGCACUGAAAUCCUUGGCUCCGGCUGGUGUAGCAGACGCACCACUUUCACCAUUGCUCACUUGCAUACCCAGCAAGGGAAAGAAUUAUUUUAAAAUUAGAGAUAAAUAA